UUCAAAUAAACGUGACUUCGGAACAAUAUUGGUCAAAAAAUGAAUUAUUCGGUAGUCAAUUCUAGUUUCACAUUAAAUAACAAAAAUUUAGGCACAAAUGAAGAAAGUGUCCUUGUUGGCGAUGGAUUUCAUCUACAGUAUUUAGUGUUGGAUGUUAUGGUUGCGAUUUUCGCCGUUGUUGGAGUACUAGGAAACAUACCGGUGUUAUUGAUAUACAACAAACGGAAGGACAAAAAGGCGAGUAACACAUUUAUCAAGGUGCUAGCCUUUAUUGACGUGUUAGUUUGUGUCUGCAUCAUGCCGUAUUCAAUGGUCUAUGAACAUCAUCUCGUUUCUUCUGACGUUGCUUGCAGAUCGUUUGAAUUUUUACGUCAUUUCGCCGUGAUAUCAUCUAAUUUGACGCUUGUAGCAAUAGCUUCAGAACGUUACAUUGCCGUAUGUAGACUUUCUUCUCGUGUGAAUGUCGAUACAAUAAACAAGGGGAUAGCUGCGGUAAUGGUAAUAAGCAUUUUGAUGGCAACUCCGGCCAUAGGAACAUUUGCAGUUGUAAGUGAAACUGACGUUACAAACGUCCCGUGCACCUUUCCCCAUAAGAGUGUGAAAGGUAGAUUUUGUCAUUUUACUUAUUCCAUUAUGGGAAAGGAUUUCGUUACAGUGUAUCAGAUAGCUCAAUUUGUUGGGUAUUUUUCAGAAUUGGUCGCAAUAGUCGUUCUAUAUAUUAUAAUAUAUGUAGUGCUUUGGCGAAAAGCGAAAAUACGACAACAGUUAACAGGGAGAAGGGAUAGCUCCUUUGCUUUUGAGAGCAAACAUACAAUGGCUGAAGGGGAAUCAGUGUCUUUUAAAACAGCGUGUCGUCCGUCGAGCAAGGAAUCGAACGCUGUUGAUUAUAAUGCAGAACAAGACAUGGGCAAUUCUCCAAUUGAUGGUUCUUAUGUAAGCAAGCGCAAUUCGUACAACGAACCACAGCUGUGUUCAAUAGCGAUUCAAACGGAAUGCAUAUGUCAAAAUCAUAGUCUUAAAACGUGCAUUGGGCAGCCUAUCAAUAUCGUCAAUAACAGAUCUGAACAGCUAAGUCACGAUUCAGACACUGAUAAACUAGACCAACACGUAACAUUUAAAGGUCAACUGAAUCGAAACCUCGUUACUGUGAAACAGGACCAGAAUAAUUCACCCGGUGAGUAUGUUACUCGAAUCAUUUCUGCAAAACGAAACACACUUUCAAUGGCAUUAGGCAAUACGGAUAAAACGAAGAGGAAACGGUACAACCACCGACGUACGGCGAGGAUGUUGUUCUUGUGCACUGUAAUUUAUUUUGUUACAUGGAUUCCGUUUUGGUUGGAUAUAUUUGGGUUUACACAUUCCAUUAUUUUGCGGCAUGUGUAUUUAAUUUCUCAUGCUACAAACCCUAUAGUGUACGGUAUCGUAAAUCGCCAAGUUAGGAAAUCCAUUAAGCGCCUUUUGUGUGGAUUGAUAACGAUAUUGUUCUUCAAAGACUCCGCCCGUGCAACCAGCGACCUCUCUUUAAAUCAAUCUAUUUCGGGAACCAGUGCUGGAUAAACGCAAAACAUUCAUCAUCGAAUCCGAAAACUAGGCAUGUUCAGAUGUGUGCUCACAUGUCGUCUCAGAACAGGCAAUCCAGGAUUAACAUAGACAAAUAUUUCUGAGUAAGCUGAUUUAGCUUUGAAAUGAAACAUUGU